UCCAGGGGUCCCUGCUCUGGAAGGUGAAGGCCAGGGGAGGCUCCAGGGCGCGGCUGUUCCGCCUGCAGGAGGACGGGGUCACCGUCUGCUUCGAGGGACGCUUCCGGGGCGCCCGCUCCCCCCAGAGCUGUGAGUGCUGGCACUGUCCCACAGGGCUCGGGGACACCGAGACACAGCCUGCGCUGCCCUCAGCUGCAGGGAGGGCCAGGAGCUGGGCAGGGCCCCAGACCCACCCCUAGACCCCACCAAGGACCUGACCCUUACCCAGAUCCCCACCUGGAGCCCCAAUGCCAAUCCAGGACCUAGUCCACAACCUUGGUCUGGGUUCCCACACAGAAUCCAGAUAUGGACAUGUCCAUGUGAGAUCCAGACCCCAACCCAGGACCCCCACCUGGAAUCCAGACCCUACCCCAGGACCUGCAGCCCCACCCAGGACCCAGAUCCAUUCCCAGCAUCCAGAACCCCACCUGGAUCCUGACCACAGCCCAGUUCCCAGACCCCCACCCAUGGCCUGGGUCCCCACUCAGAACCCAGAUCCCCCCUGAGUUCCAGACCCCAACCCAGGACCCAGAUCCCAGCCCAGAUCCCCCAGUGAGAACCAGACCCAAUCUUCGGACAUGGAACUCCACAAUCCAGACCCCACCGGUGUCCCAGAUGCCCCUGGGCCCAGAUCCCUGCCUGGCUCCCCACCUGUGACCUGGAGCCUGAUCCCCACCCACGACCCUGACAUCCCCCUCACUCGGACCCCAGUUGAGGACACAGACUCCCAGCCAGCACCCAAACCCCAAUCCUGCACCCCAAGCCUUUGGUCCAGACCCUCACCUGAGCUAUGAUGUAGACCCCCACCCAAUACCUGAACUCCAGCACCCUUCAUGCAGUGGCUCCCAGAGCCUCCCAACCCUUCCCAGUGCCUCCCAGUACACCCCGUGUGUAGCUGUAAGAGCCCCCGCCCUUCCCCAUCCCCCCGGGGUCAGCACAAGGUCCGCUCUCCAUCCCAGCCAGACUCCAUCCCCCCUCCCCGGCGUCACCCGCCUCUUUCCACCCUCAUCUGGGAUGGGUGCCUGGAGCUGGCACCGCUGCACGGCUGCUCCGUCCCCUGCCAGCGUCCCCGUCCCCAUCCCCGCAGGGACAGCGGGCACGGCUCCCGUCCCGCCUGGGAUUAGCGGGCUCAGCCCGGCAGCGGCUCCGCCGAGCCCAGCCCGGUGCCGGGGGCGCCGCGGGGACGCGCGGGUGUCCAUCAGCAGCCAGGGUGUCUUGCAGGAUGCUCGCGGGUGGGUGACCCGCCGGGGGAGCACGUCCAUCGUCCCUCCCCACCCCGCGCGUGUCCCCGCAGUCUCGGUGGCGCACAUCGAGGCGGUGCGCGACGGUCGCCGGUCGGAGGGGCUGCGCAAGCACGGGGCCGCCUUCCCCGAGCGCCACUGCUUCACCCUCGCCUUCAAGGGCCGCCGCAAGAACCUCGACCUGGCCGCCCGCGGCGAGGAGGACGCGCGGCACUGGGUGCAGGGGCUCACCAAGCUGAUGGGGCGGCUGCAGGCCAUGAGCCAGAUGGAGAAGCUCGACCAUUGGAUCCAUGGGGUCCUGCAGCGAGCAGACAGGAACAAGGACAACAAGAUGUCCUUCCGGGAGGUGAAGAGCAUGCUGAGGAUGCUCAACAUCGACAUGGACGAUGUCUACGCCUCCAAGCUCUUCAAGGAGUGUGACCACUCGGGCAACGAGCGGCUGGAGGGCCGGGAGCUGGAGGAGUUCUGCCGGCGGCUGCUGCGGCGCCCGGAGCUGGAGGAGCUUUUCGGGCGCUACUCGGGCGAGGACCGGGUCCUGUCGGCUGAGGAGCUGCAGGACUUCCUGAGGGACCAGGGCGAGGACUGCAGCCUGCGCCAGGCCCGCUCCAUCAUCCGCACCUACGAGCUCAACGACAAGGCCAAGCAGCAGGACCUGAUGAUGCUGGACGGCUUCAUGAUGUACCUGCUGUCGGCUGCUGGUGACAUCCUCAACCAGGAGCACACCAAGGUGCACCAGGACAUGAGCCAGCCCCUGAGCCACUACUUCAUCUCCUCCUCCCACAACACCUACCUGACCCGCAACCAGAUCGGCGGCACCAGCAGCACCGAGGCCUACGUCAGGGCGCUGAGGGCAGGGUGCCGCUGCGUGGAGCUGGACUGCUGGGAGGGCUCGGACGGGGAGCCUGUGGUCUACCACGGGCACACACUCACCUCCAAAAUCCUCUUCCGCGACGUCAUCGAGAGCAUCCGCGACUCCGCCUUUGAGAAAUCCCCCUACCCCGUCAUCCUGUCCCUGGAGAACCACUGCGGGCUGGAGCAGCAGGCCACCAUGGCCCGGCACAUGAAGGCCAUCCUGGGGGACAGGCUGCUGACACAGCCCCUGCAGGGGCAGGACCCCCACGAUCUCCCCUCACCAGAGCAGCUGAAGGAAAAGAUCCUGGUGAAGGGCAAGAAGCUGCCAGAGCUGUGGCAGGAGCCCCAGGGUGUCACCUCCCUUCUGGACCCCGAGGAGGAGGAAGAGGAAGAAGAGGAAGAAGAGGAGGAGAAGGGGCAGGAGAGAAGCCCCCGGCGGUCGCUGCAGUCGCUGCAGGAGAUCAAACCUCUGCAGGCCAAGGACGCGUCGCAGGUGUCCCCGGAGCUGUCGGCACUGGUGGUGUACUGCCAGGCUGUCCCCUUCCCCGGGCUGGCCCAGGCCCUGCGCCACCCCCAGCCCUGCCAGAUGUCCUCCUUCAGUGAGAGGAAGGCACGGAAGCUCAUCAAGGAGGCAGGCCCGGCGCUGGUCCGGUACAACGCCCGCCAGCUGAGCCGCGUGUACCCGCUGGGGCUCAAGAUGAACUCUGCCAACUACAACCCCCAGGAGAUGUGGAACGCUGGCUGCCAGCUGGUGGCGCUGAACUUCCAGACGCCGGGCUACGAGAUGGACCUGAACGCCGGGCGCUUCCUGCCCAACGGCCGCUGUGGCUACGUGCUGAAGCCCCUCUGCCUGCGCAGCCCCCCCGGGGAGGGCUCCCGGCGCCUGGCCCUGCACAUCAGGGUGAUCACAGCCCAGCAGCUGCCCAAGCUGAACAGGGACAAGGGCAGCUCCAUCGUGGAUCCCUUUGUGCGCGUGGAGAUCCACGGGACCCCGGCCGACUGCGCCAAGCAGCAAACCCACCACAAGCUCAACAACGGUUUCAACCCGCGCUGGGAGGAGACGCUGCGGUUCCAGGUGCGGGUGCCCGAGCUGGCCCUGGUGCGUUUCGUGGUGGAGGAUUACGACAGCACCUCCUGCAAUGAUUUCGUGGGGCAGUUCACGCUGCCCCUGCCCAGCAUGCGCCAAGGGUACCGCCACAUCCACCUGCUCUCCAAGGACGGGGCGUCCCUGUCCCCUGCCACGCUCUUCGUGCACGUUCGAUCCAAGAGCCUGUGAGGGUCCACAGGAGGGACAACCUGGAGUCCCCGAGGUGCCCAUGGGGGGAUAUUGUGUCUGUGUGGGGGACAGCAGGCUCCUCCCUGGGUGGGCACCCUGCGUGGGGACAGCCCGAGGACACUGCUCAGCUGUCUGUGGUGACAGCAGGGCUGGGAGGACCCGAAGGGCUGGGGGCUCCCCUACCCAGUGCCACCCAGUCUGCUGGUGCCCCACUCCUGUCCUUCAGGGGACAGAGAUGCUGUGACAACCAGGAUGGGUUGAUUGGGCCAACGACAGCCCAGCACAGCCCCACAGGGGUGACAUGGGUGACAGCAACCACCAAAUCUCACCAGUCUUGGCCAUGCUUGAUCCCAGCCCCUCUUUGGGUGCAAGGAUGGUGCCAUCGUCACCCUGGAAUCCCUGAGGGGCCCCUGCCACCACACACUCCAUUGUGCCCGGGUGGGGACACAUUGCCAACCUCUGCUCUGGCACCAGCGACAGUCACAGAUUUACACCCUGGGAUCAAGCCAGUCGAAUAAAGGUUUUAUUUUAACAGAGCCUGUCCCAGUGUCCCUGUCACCCUCCGGAGCCCAUUGUGGGUGGAUCACGGCUGAGCCCACCCCCAAGUCAGCAGUGCCCUGGGGUGCCAGGCACCCAUGGGUACUGCACCCAUGGAAGCUGGGGGGAUUCAUUGGAGAGCCCUCAAACCUGCCAUGGGGACAGAGGGAGGGUCCCAUGGGGUGUCCCCCACCCACACCCAGCCUCUCCUAGCCCAGGACAGCAGGGACACAGGAGGGGACACAGAGGUACUUGCAUAGGUGACACAGGACCCCGAGCAGGGGGAUGUGAUGGCACUGCCAGGGGGAUGUGAUGGGCUCCUGGUCCCCACUGAGGCCCCACAGGUCCAGGCUGGGGCGGGCACAGGCUCUCAGGGUCCGUGGUGCCACGGGGGGUGACAGGGACACGCGAGGACAGGGAGGCGUGAGAGUGCAUAGACGGGGUCUUGGCCUUGGUGUGCAGCUUUGGAAACCUUUGGCUGGGCAGGCAGGAGCAUCUCGGAGCUCUGGGUUCGUGAUGUGGCAGGAGGCUGUCCGGGCACUCCUGGGUGGGAUGAAGGUUUGCUGUGACGUUUCCUUUCUCUCGGCGGAUCCCACAGCACGAGGUGACACCGGGAGCUGGUGUGGAGGCACCGGGGAGGCUGAAGCCCCGGGGUGAUGCUGAUGGAGUAUCCAUAUUUCCAUGCUUCCAGAGAAAAACAGCUGAGCAGAGGCUGGAGGUGUGGCAGUGGCAGUGGAGCACCCCCAGUGCCCCCGCCCCGUGGAAGGCUGAGGGGAAGGAGCCGCAGGAGCCCGAGCAGAGCGGGGUGUGCCAGCCCCGCCCUGGAGCUGAGCCCCCGGAUCUUCGGGCACUGCUGGCCCUCAGGUCAGCGUCCAGCAGGAAGGUUGGAGUCUGUGGCUGGGCAGGAGGUGGGACAAGGCAUCGCUUGCACAAAUAGCCCUUGGAAAUGAAUCUCGAGGUGCUCCCGAGCCCGCGGGGACAGGCCCUGUUUAACCGAGUCAGGAGCAAGCCGGGGACAAAGAGCCGAGCAGGGGAGAGCCUGAAGCACCCUCGGGGCAGGCAGGAGGGUUUGGCCAGCAGCCACCAUGUUGCCACAGCAUCAACCUCAGCUGUCCCCACGGAGAAAAGUCCCAGUCCAGCAGCCCAGUGAUGACCUUCAGCAGCCGAAUGUAACUCAUGGCAGUGGGGAACAGGAAAGAUUUAAAAUAUAUAUAAUAUAUACUUUUAUUAUUCACCCGUUAAAUCCAUUAUAUGCCAAUCAUGAUCUAGUUUCAGCAGUUACAUUCCUUUGAUCAUGUCUUUAGGAGGAUGCAGUUAAAUCAAACAAGGAGGUGGCUGACAGCAGCGGGCGGCUCCGGUGCCCCUCUCCCGGCGUGGCUCCGGCUUUGGCAGAAAGGAUGAGGGCAGCACCUCCUCAGGCCCGGCUCCUCCACGCUCUCCUGGCAAGGGCUCC